GUAAAAGAAAAAUUUUGUUUAAUUUGCAAGUUGACUUUUGUUGAAAAUGCAAAGGCUAUUGAUCUGUUGUAUUUUGAUUCAUUUUUUUGUUUCACCCACUUUGUGUAUCCGAAGCAAUGCUCUAUCCCAAAUGACAUAUGUUAAUGUGAUGGACCAAGGUGCUCAUGGUGACGGAAAAAUUGAUGAUUCAAAUGCCAUUUUAAGUGCAUGGCAGCGUGUGUGUGGAAUGGCAGGUCCAUCAACUCUUGUCAUACCUUCAGGAAAAAUAUUCUUUGUGAAAAGAUUAGAGCUCAAUGGUCCUUGCAAGGCACAAAGUGUUGGCAUUCAGUUUGCAGGGAAAAUAGUUCCGCCUACUAUGGAUACAUGGGUUGGUGAUAGGGGAAGUUGGAUUGUGAUCUCAGAUGUAAACAAUCUAACAAUUGAUGCAAAAGGAGGAAUUAUCGAUGGCAAUGGUUCUUCUUGGUGGGAGAAAUGCAGAAGUUGUAGACGACCAACCUCCCUGCGUUUCCACAAUUGUAAUGGUCUUGUUGUGAAUUCUCUGAGCAUGACUAAUAGUCCUGGAGCUCACAUAUCUGUAAAUGGUUGCAACGGUGCAAAAUUCUCUGGAGUGAGUAUUACUGCUCCUGAGCACAGUCCAAACACCGAUGGUUUUGAUAUUGCUGUGUCCAAAUAUAUAACCAUAAAAGAUUCUACUAUAGCAACUGGUGAUGAUUGUAUUGCCAUCAAUGGUGGCUGCUCCAACAUCAAUGCUACUAGGCUUUUCUGUGGACCAGGCCAUGGGAUAAGCAUUGGCAGUCUUGGUAAAAAUGGAUCUCAUGAGAUAGUUGAAGAAAUUUAUGUAAAUAACUGCAGCUUCAUUGGGACGACAAACGGAGCAAGAAUUAAAACAUGGCCAGGUGGAUCAGGUUAUGCAAGAAAAAUCACUUUCGAUCAAAUCAUACUAAAAAAUGCUCAAAAUCCAAUAAUUAUAGAUCAGAACUAUGGUGUUAAGCAACCAAGUGCAUCGGAACAAGCAGUGAUGGUGAGUGAAGUGACUUAUCGUGGAUUUGUUGGAACUUCGGCUAGGGACUUAGCAAUAGUCUUGAAAUGUAGCACAUUGGGUUGUUUCAAUAUUACAUUUGAUAAUGUUCACAUUGUCUCUUCACAACCAGGAAAGCCGGCCUAUGCUUCUUACAACAACACCCAUGGAACAGUUAUUAACACUGUUCCAAAAAUCUCUUUGUUGAAAUGAAUUCAGAAACUUAAAGUGAAAUGAAGAUUAUUAUAUUAGAUACUUGUUGAUUUUUCAAUUUAUCUAUUAUGUAGGAAGGUCCUAAUCUGAUGGUGAUACAAAAUUAUA